CAGGAACUAAGUGGUCAGUGAGCCGUCUCGCUUCUAACCAUUUAAGGUCAACGUUUGCACACCUUUAUUGAAACAAGAUGAAGAAGUUUCUUUCGUUGCUUUUCCUCUGUCAUGUGGCAUCUCCAGUUAAACACUCCUUGACAUUUUUGACAACUGGAUCGUCUGGAUUCCCAAACGUCCCAGAGACUGUGGCUGUUGCGAUGGUUAAUGAACUUAUGGUGGGUUACUGCGACACAGAUAAGAAUGACGCAGAAACAAAACAGGACUGGAUGAAAAAAUUAUUAGAAAGUGAACCCCAGCAGUUGAAGUGGUACCGUCAACAAUGUCUUGAGAAUGAGGCUAGAUUUCUCAAAGACUCGAUUCACCAUUUGAAGGUUCGCUUCAACCAAAGUAGAGAUGAUCACAUUUUACAGAUGAUGAGUGGCUGUGAGUGGGAUGAUGAAACCGGAGAAGUUAACGGUUUCAAUCAGUAUGGUUACAACGGAGAAGACUUUUUAUCAUUGGAUCUGAAGACACUGACAUGGAUCGCUCCACAACCACAGGCUGUCAUCACCAAACGGAGAUGGGACUCUGAGGAAGUUAGACUACGAAAAAAUGAGGUUUUCCUCACUGAGAUUUGCCCUGAAUGGCUGGAGAUGUAUGUGGGCUAUGGCAAGAGCUCUCUGCUGAGAAAAGACCUUCCCUCAGUGUCUCUCCUCCAGAAGACUCCCUCCUCUCCAGUCAGCUGCCACGCUACAGGUUUCUACCCUGAGGCAGCCAUGAUGUUCUGGAGGAAAGAUGGAGAGGAGCUUCAUGAGGACAUGGAGCUCGGAGAGAUCCUCCCCAACCACGAUGGAUCCUUCCAGAUGAGUGUUGACCUGGACAUCUCAUCAGUCAAACCUGAAGACUGGACCAGGUACGAGUGUGUGUUUCAGUUCUCUGGUGUGAAGGACAACAUCGUCACCAGACUGGAAGAAGUUAAGAUCAGGACCAACAGAGAGAAGCCCACUGACAUGACCGUCCCCAUCAUUGCUGCAGUCGUUGUUCCUGCUCUCGUCCUUGUAGUGAUUGGAGUCCUGAUUUACAAAUGGAAGAAAGGUAAGAGACCCACAGAGAGAUUUUCUCUCUUUAAAAAAAAAGUAUUACAGGCUUUGAGUUGAAGCAUUUAAUCAGAUUACAAAAGUGAUUCAAUCUUCAACAGUCAGUGGUGUACGGCUCAGGGCAGUGUCAUGAUGAUCGGACCAGAAAAGCAAAAUAAUAAUCUAAUAUAUAAUUAUUAUAUAUAAUAAUAAUCUAAACACCAUUUUAGUUUAAAUGUUAUAUUUCAUAUAUUAUGGUUAAUGCCAGUUUACUUUUAGAUAAUAAAGUUGGGUUUUAAUUUUUACGUGCUUAACUGGUAAUGUAUUCAUAUCCCAUUAAGACAACCCGGUAGUUGUAUAGUAGGUAGGAGCUCCCAGGUAGAGAGUGGAGUUCCAACGUUUUUUGACUGUGUUGUGGAGAGUAUUUUAGUUUAUUAUUUGUUCAAGGGACAGCGGAUUAAUAAAACCCUUUUUGCAAGAGGUGCCCAAGUGAGCUGUGUCCAAGGAAAAUAAUUGUGUCAACAGAAAGGUUUACACUCUGGAGCGGAUUUUGGAUCCUAAAAUGAUUUUUAAUAUGAUGACGUGAGAAAGAAGAGAUUAUAAAAGAAGUUAAGUGGGUUAAAAAAGGAAUGUAGAAAAGAUGAAUUUAUCAGUGUGAGUGAAUCAAAGAGGGUAUCAUGUCCACAGAGAAGAAGGUGUUAGAAGAUACUCUGCCAUUUGGUAAUUGUGACAACUAAAAUGAUGUGUGUGCUUUAUUUUUCAGCCAACUGCAAGUCACUUUCCGAAAACAGCUCUAAGCUUUCUUUGAAUUCUGGAAAAGACAACCCUGAAUGCCAAACACUGAACUCUGCACAAAGUGUGUUGCUUCAGGAGCAGGCGGCAACCUCCGGGUCUGAGC